AUGGACGAAGAGUAUUCGGCGUCAUCUUCGGCCGGUGGCGGCGGUGCAGGCGUUGGCGGAAAGAAGGCCGGCAAGCAGCACAACACCCUACCUUUCUGGGGAAACGAGACUUCAAUGAACCUGAAUCCACUGAUCCUCGCCAACAUCCAAAGUUCCAGCUACUUCAAAGUGCACUUGUUUAAACUGAAAACCUACCACGAGGUCGUUGACGAGAUCUACUACCAGGUGAAGCACAUGGAGCCAUGGGAGCGCGGAUCCCGCAAGACCUCCGGCCAGACCGGCAUGUGCGGCGGUGUGCGAGGCGUUGGAGCGGGCGGGAUUGUGUCCACUGCGUACUGUCUGCUCUACAAGCUGUACACCCUGCGUCUGACCCGCAAGCAGAUCAACGGACUGCUCAAUCACACAGACUCGGCCUACAUACGGGCACUAGGUAGGUGUUGGUAA